AUACCGUAAACAAGUCCACUAUUUACAAAAUAUGGCGGCGGUCGCAACGGGGAAAUCUUGGAGAGAUUUCUUUGAGAAAAACGUUCUUGUGCCAGUUGCUUUUGACAGGGAGAGCGCAGCGCAAGAUAUUUCAACACCAAUUUGUAUUGGUCUUACUUCAGUAGAAGGAAUAAAUCCAAAGCAUGUGACAUUGAACAAUAAAAUGGAAUGGGUGGAGGAACGUAAAACGACUUUUUGUGAUGAAGUGAAGCAAGACAAUAUACCUGAAGCUAGUGAGAAUGGAUCACAUAAACGUAACAGUUCUAUGUCACAAUAUCUUCAAAAUGAGAAAGAUGAAGUGAUAUUCGGUGGCUACACCCCUAGUGUUACAGAUGGGACAAAAUUGUCUCAGAGAUUCAGUGAAGUUAGGCCACUCCCUCAUCCGAAAGAGGAUAUUUUCCAAAACGGGGUUAAAACUCUGCCUAUAUGCAUUGGAUUAUUAAGCGUGGACAAUAUCUUGCCACCAACUUCCUUUUUCAAUCAGGUUGAGGGCAUUAGUAAUGUAGAGUUUCAGUUGCGGGUGAGUUUGUUUGAUCUAGCAUAUCAUCAGUUCUUCGGACGACAAUGGGCGGGGCAAUAUUCCGAGCUGGCAGGUCUGGGCGGUCAGUCAAAACCAAAGCUGCGCUUGUCACAGAGUAUAUACUUCCACACAUCUAUAGUCAGUUCCAAUAUAAUUGCCGUCGUAGAGUUGGUGGCAUCUGGCCUAGAUGAAGGUGGACGUCUCAAAAAGAUCUCAUGUGGGUGGGGUAUUAUAAGGCCGUUCAAAGAUGAGGAAAUCCCGGAUACGGCCAGAGGAAUCAAAGCACCAACACAAAAGUGCCAGCUUUAUUAUGGUACACCUAGAGCUCUAUAUUUCAUGGAUGAACCAGUUGAAGCCAAAGACAAGCUAAAGAAGCCAAAGAAGUUGAAAUCCCAAGCUUUAACUAUAGAGCAUAUAACAUUACAAUUGAACCCAACUAUAGAAAAGUUUGAGGAAGAGCUUUGUGAGACAUUACAGGAAGAUAGGCUUAAUAUGAUAGGGAAGCAUUCUGACGGCACGUCCAUGGCGAUUAUGGAAAGAAGACUUGUGGUUGGUAUACACAAUGGUUGGACAUUUGUGGAGAAGCCACAGACAUAUUUACUAGAUGCUAAGAAUGUCUCUAUGAAAUCCUUGAAGCCGGGCGCCAGUCCGUCGUUCAGACGCAGUCAAAGAUUUAAAAGUUCACAUAGGUCACAAGAUGGUGAUUUUGGAAAUGACCUGAUUAAUCAUCUGGUACUCAAUCAAAGAGUGCACAUUAAUGAAAUCCUUGAAGAUCCAAUGUUUGCUGUUGUAUUUAUACUGGAGUAUGUGAUCGGGGAACAACUGUCAGCCGAGGAUAGGAAGAUGUCUAAAAGUAUACAGAGAGGUAACACAAGGUCAGCGACUUUACGUUGGUCCGCCUGGAAUCCAUUCCUGCAACAGCAUAACUCACCUCAUGUCACUGUAGGACUGUUUGGUGGUCCGAUCCCCUCACCUGACGGAGAAUUUGUCUACAAGGUACCAGAUACAGCCAUGCAAGACGAGAUGUCCUCUAGAACUGCAGGCGGUCUCAUGGCUUUCCAAUGGGGAUUUGGCUUCAAGGAGAGUGUCUCAUCUGGUAUACACCCCACCCACCCUAUGUCUAUGGCUCCAGGGUUCCCAAUGGGCUCGGCACACUCAAUGAGGUCCAUGGAGAGCAGUGAUGUGGGAGGUAUGAUGCAUGAGUCACCAACAACCCAAAGGAAACCACCCUCUGGUCGACAAAUUUCUGCUAGAGGUCCACCAGGGCCAACUACUCUUGCAGUACCUCAGCAGAUCGGCACAGGAAGUGUACUGCAGCCGCAGCAGAUGCCCAUGCAGUACCCGCAGGUGUACGCCCAGAGUAUGCCUCCGCAGAUGUAUUACCCAUGCACCAGGGACCUGUACAGAUGUAUGGAAUGCAGGUACAUUAUAAAAAAAUGGUUCCAGCCUCAGGUACCAGAGAUGCAGGAGUUGAAAUACACACCAUCAUAUCAACCUAUUUUAACAGGUGCCCCACAACCUAAAAGGGGUUCUGGUCUAUCUAGAGCAGCCUAUGCCAAGUUGUACUCCGUGGGUUUCCCGCCGGUACUGGACCGGAACGGAGAGCCACCAGAGGUCAUAGAUCCGAACACCCACGUUGUUACAGUUGAUUUACAGAGGGAGCUGAAUGAUCCGCUGCAAUGUAACGAGGUUAUCUUCCAGUUCCUGGCCUUCUCAAAAAUGAUUGAUUUUAUCGGUGCCUCAGGACCAGAGAAGACAGGGGGAACCGUCUUCUUCUCCUUCCAGUUUUACAGGAACCAGCAAGUCACAACUGAAAGGUUAUUGCUGUCUAAGCCUCAGAAUGACCUGUCCUCAGAUGUUCAUGCUAUGCCAUACAUUCUCCAAAAACUUGAUAAAGAUGGAACAUUACUGAAGGGACCACCAGGGUUGGAGAUCCGUUAUUUUAUGGAUCCAGCAUUUAUGAAGCCUGGUGAAACACAGCUGUUUUUACAACAUUUAUCACAACAGACGAUGUAUAUAGAUGUAUGGGACGGAGAUUCUCUCUUACCCCUGGGCAGUACUGCAGUAGACUUGAAGUAUUUAUGCAGAACUGGUAUGGAGGCUGUUCAGACAACAUUUGAGCUGGACGUCAUCUCAACAGAGUAUCAAGAAGAUCCAAACCUUGCUCAUGGUGAGGCAGGAGCUGGUGGGGUCAGGCCCGCCAAUGUCCAAUCUGUGGUCAGAGGCAAACUUCAUCUUAGACUGGCAAAUAUUGGUCACCCAACUGACCCUAAAAGCACUCACACAGGAAUGCCUACAUUACCCACAUUCACGAUGGACCCACAUGCAUAUAUUAGCCUUCCGAGUAAAAGUUUUCAGAUAGUCUCUCAGACGGCCAGUAACUCCGCCUUCGGGGGCGGGAGUCUGAUUGCAGGCGGAGUUGAAACUACUCAUGGAGUUCCGAUUAAAAAACGUGUGGCACGUGCCCACCAUGUAGCUGAAAAUAAUCGGGAUGUGGCGUCGCUUUUGUUCUCAAAACGAGAAGAGUUGGAGCAAGUAACAGAGUCUAAUAGAGAAGCUGACUCAGAGCGGCAACGUAAACUAGCUAGAAUGGCAGCAUUGAGGAACUUAGAUGGUGGAAUUGAAAAACCUCAGACACUUAUGGCUCACAAACAGAUUAAGACAGAGAGAGCCAGAGACCUGAAGACACUGGAGAUAUAUCGUAUGCAGACAAAGAAAGACGGCAUCGAGGCAAUGUUGAGUCAAUCUAUCACAACAGAGCAUACUAUUCAUCCAUCAUUCGGUACAUCGGAGUUCUUCGAGUUUGUUCUACGCAACCCAUUCAAUGUGGAGCAUACUGUGAAAAUAGAGUGGGAGACCAAGAACUUACAUUGUGUGACAGAUACUAGAGAGUGGCGUUACUUCAAGCAGUUAUAUCAGAUACAGUCGUCCAUGGAAGAAGGCAUGUUCACCAGCGAGACUAAAGCUCACUAUCCGGAGGUCUUCCUACGACCCAAAGAAACCGUCAACAUUCCGUUCAAAUACCUUUCUUUCCUGGCUGAUCAGUCUGCUAAACCUCAGGGGCCUGUUGAUCCAUUUAGACAGACGAUGAAAACAAGUAAAAGUAAUCACACUGAUUACUUGAAACCAAAAACAAUAAAGGUAUAUUUUAAUAGUGACGAUGGGAAGCCAUUGGCUAUAUUAUUACUAAAGAUUGAGCCACAGCCACAUGUGAUUGACCAAACAUUCAGAUUCCAAAGUCCCGAACAAACGUUCCUAAAGAAAUCAAUCAGGUUGCCACCUUUGGAUAGUCUGCCAGGAGCACCUGUUGGUAGUGGUAAUGUUGUACAUACAGUAGCUAGAUGUAGCGACCCAAAUAUUAUCUGUGAUACCAAAACAACUCAACCUGGUGAACCUCAAGAUGUCUUCAUCAAGGUUCCCCUUGGAGCGUCUCCUCAGAUUAAGAGAUUUUUCAUGGCAGUGUACCUUGAUCCAUUUAUGGCAAGACCGAUACAGAUCUGGCAGUUUUAUGUACACGCACUACAGCGAGUGGACGUGUCUGCCGUAGAGGGACAGACCAGCAGGUUCUCACUGUUGCUAAGGGGUACGCAGGCAUCAAGACUGGUGAAGUGUUUCUCGUCACAUCCUGAUGAAAUGACACUUUACCCUACAGAGCAGUUUAUGUUGGCGGCAGGUGCUGUACACGAGCUCAACGUUGCCGUGCGACCAAUGCAGGAGGGCAGCAAAUUCUUCUACAUCAAUGUCGUUGAUGUCGAAUUUCAUCAGUUAGUGCGCACAUGGCUUAUCUGUGUCAGCUCACGUGCACCGAUGAUCUCACGCGCAUUUGAACUUAUUUUGCCAGUAGGCGGCGGGAAAGGAUGCAGUAAGAAAAUAUCGUACACAAAUCCUUACCCUCACAAAAAGACAUUUCUCCUUCACUCUAAUCGAGAAGAUCUGCUUCAGUUUAAAGAAUCUACAAUGGAGAUUGAUGGAGGCGGUUCAGCAACUAUCGGACUCCGGUUUGUCCCUAUCCAGCAAGCAGGAACUGCUGAAAUUCUCGUGUUUAUAAAUGAUGAUGAAGAUAAAAAUGAGGAAACAUUUAGAGUCUCCGCUGUGUAUCAGAGAAUGUAGAUAUGAUAUUAGAUAUUUUAUAAUUUAGACAAACAAAUAAAAAGGAUAUUUGUUACCAGUCUACAAUCUCAGGUUACUGAUUGGUCGAUGUAAGUUUCAAGUUUGAAAUCAACCAAUGAAAUGGCCGCACUGUUAGACUGGUAUUAAAAAGAAAAAUGUGCUUAAUAUUAUAUAAAUGCCUUAUAGAACUUUACAUAUUAUACCAAUAUUGGGUAAAGUUGAAUGACUGAAGUUAAUAUUGUGAAAAACUUAUGAUUGAAUUUAUUGCAUUUCAUUUUACACAUGAGAAAGGCUCAUAUUAUUUGUUGAUGAAUUCAGAUCUGAUACAUCGUGUAGAUAUGUUUGUAUUGUAUAGUUACAGUGAAGAAUGUAUUUAUUUGGCAGCAAACAUAAAAACUAUAUGUGAAUAUUUAAAUUUAUUAUACAUAUAUAUGUAUUGUACCUUGCCAAGAAACACCUAUGUGCUUUACUACCUAAUCAUAUCAUGUUGUCCGUCCAUUGUUUACACUAAAAGGUUUUUAGUCAUUUUGUGGCUUUAAUAUAAGUUGCUUUGUUAUAAAAACAGCACAAGAGUUCAGUACAGUUCUUUGGUCUCAAAAUAAUGACAGUUAUGAGAUUUUUUCCCAAUGUACCCUCCAUUAUUAUACUAUGAUGUCUACCUUUACUCUAUAUAUUAUGAACUGCUCAAUGAUAUCAAAAACCUUUACGUUAUAAUGAAAAAUUUCAAAUAGUCAUUAAAGAAGGAAGUGGUAUCAUUAAAGAGGGAAGUGGUAUCAUCUAAGAGGGAAGUGGUAUCAUGUUAGAGGGAAGUGGUAUCAUUUAAGAGGGAAGUGGUAUCAUUUUAGAGGGAAAUGGUAUCAUUUAAGAUGGAAGUGGUUAAUUAAAGAGGGAAGUGGCAUCAUUAAAGAGGGGAGGGGGAGAGGUGUCAUGAAAGAGGGAAGUGGUUUCAUUAAAGAGGGAAGUGGUUUCAUUAAAGAGGGAAGUGGUAUCAAGACAUACUAAUCUCAAAAAACAGACUUGUAGUUUACUACAAUAAAUCUUGUAUAUUUUUUAACUUGAAGACUGUGAUACUUUUUAAAAAAUAUUUUAAUCUUGCUUUUUAUCAUACUUUUAGACUUUGUCUCAUUUUUCUUUUACAUGUGAAACUUCUUUUGUGUCAGUUACAUUAGAGAUAUAAUGUGUUGUGAUGUAUCGUGUCAGUAUGUAAAGAUAUGUUUAUUUAUUGGAGUGAUAGUAAAAUUUGUACACAUUUAGAUGCCAAACAUAGCUAUAUGAAUAAAUAUAAAAAGUAUAAAUACUA